UUACAAAUAACGAGAUUUUGCUCAAAAAUUGGGCAAAAUAAUAUUGUGAUUUCAAUCAUCAACAAUACAGCAACUCAUCAAAAAGCUUUCAAUCCUAAUAUAGAUUUUCUUUUAGUCAAACAAUUACGCACAACACAUUACAGCAGAAUAAGAGGAGGCAAGCAAAUAAAAAUUUAUAAAUAUAAUUGAGUAUGCCCUGCACAACAAAAGCAAGAAGUUCAUCAUUUAAUCCGCCAUCGAAAAGGACGAAUGGAAGAGAUGUACGGGUGCCUAGCCCCGUACAUUCACGCGCAAUGAAAUAUCAUGGAUUCUUCGGUAUGCCCUUAUUGCGACAGCACCUGGUGUUCGAUAAACGCUGGACACCUAGCUCAUUGAUGACACAAUACCAGAGUAUUAACGAGCUGUUGAAUCGUCGAAUUAUUUUUAAGGCUCAUGAGGCGACAUCAAAUCGAUGUCAUUACGGUGAAAGAAGCAAGAAAUUGAGACAUCAAUGCAUUGAAGGACGCUCAAAGCUUCUACAGGUGAAUGUAGGAGAUGACGCGCACAAUAUACACAAUUUGUUGAAAAAUCAUAAAAGUAUGCAGCGUCUUUAUAAAAGGAUGCCUAAUUAUCUUAUUGUGGAUAACAUAAAUCAACGAACAUUCGUCAUGCGCAAGGAACGAGACCGCCUUGAGUUUCGCUUAAAGCAAUUAAAGAAUAAAUAUAAAGAAUUGUUGGUAGAGCGAGCAAUAAUAAGAAAUCGAAUCAACUACGAAAACGCAUUUGUUAUGAAAGAAGAGUUGCAAUCUCGCAUUCUUCUGAAAAAGAUUGAAAACUCUGAUGUAAGACUUAAAGCGGUUCGCACUAUAAACAACACAUAUCAAAAAAUUAAACAAGUUCUAUUGCAUGAUGAAAUAUUUUACGAGCCAAUUUUAAGCUCUCUUGACGCUGACAUUGAGGAUCAGGCUAAUUUUAUCAAUCACAUUAUUUAUCUAGGGAAACCAGCCAUUUCCAAGUUUAAGCUUCUUGAUCAAAAGUACAGAAAAUUGGAAAGAGAUGUACGUGAAAAUAUAUUGGACAAGAUACGAAUGCUUGACUCUUUCAAGAAAGCACGACCACCACCUAACAAAAAAGAGGAACUUCCCCUUAGUGCAAACUUCCGGUAUGUGCGUGAGACAGAGACCAUGGCAAGACUUAAAUAUCAAUUGAAGACAGUCGAGAAAGUCAUUAAAGAAGUUAAACUUACUGCACUUUGCUCACAGGCCAGAGAAAUAUAUGAACGCAUGAGAGGCCAGGCAAAAGAAAACGAGAACCUGCAUCUGUCGGUCAAAUAUGAUGUAAUGCAUCAUGAGACGCUCGAGAUGAAACAUAAAUUUUCUACCGUUCUUAAGGGAGUCUUGAUUGACAAUCUAUCUGAGGAAGAGAUAAAUCGAAUGGAGCGCAUUAAGGACCUAACUAAUAUCCUAAGAAAGGAUGAACAAUAUGAGCUAGAUACUUUGGAAUAUGUAAGAGAUCGCGCUGAAGUAUAUGCAAUGCUUCGAGUUAGUACUUGGAAUCUUGUAGAAAUUCUUCGACACGUAGAUCGUGAACCGAAAAGCUAUCGUACAUAUUACCCUAAUUCAUAUUUAAAGUUGCCAUUACUUAGAUUCGAUAUGCUGAAUAAGUAUUCAGUGCCACCAUAUCUAUAUGAGGAAAACAUUGAUGUAAUAAUGCAAAUAUUAAAGCGUAAGGUAUAUAGGCUGAUGAAAGCAUACAUUGUAAAAUUAAGUCCAGCAAUAGUCAAGCUAAAUGUGAACACAUAUCAAAAAACAUUUGUGGAUUGCAUACAUGGGCGAGGUACCUGGAAUUUAGAACAAAGAGACAAUCAAGAAUUGGACCAUGAAGAGGAGAUUCUACUAGAUAGACUACUGGCUACUAUUCCGAACCGCAAACAGCUUAAAGCACAGAGUGCUAAAAUAAUUGAUGAUGCCAGAAAAGAAUAUUUUAAUUGACCAAAUCUUAAUCUUUUAUUUUUUAAUAAC